AUGGAACCCGCGGAAGCUACUCUGCAACCAGCAAAUCCAGCCAAACGCAUUCAUCCUUUAGAUCUGUUAAAGAGGAUUCACAAGAUACACAAGAGGGGAAUAAAUUGUCCUGACGGCAUGUCGUCGUGUCCAUCUGGUGACACAUGCUGUGUCAUGUCUUCUAAUGGGUACGGGUGCUGUCCACUUACUAACGCCGUUUGUUGCAAUGACGGAGUCCAUUGCUGUCCGGAGGAUUACAGCUGUGGUUCAGGCGGCGACGUUUACAAAUAAAGAACCAGUAAUCAAUCUGGUCACAGAUUUAUAGGAAUAAGUUGUGGUUUUUGUUUUUAUUAAAUUAGAGGGUUUGUUUUCGACUCGAAGACGACCUAAGUGGGGUUAUUUCAACUUUGCAAUUGUUUAACCAUCAUUCAUGCGCACAAAUAAAAAUUGGAUGAUUGUAUAGGUCAUGGAAAUAAAACAAAUGUUUCUCAGUUUAGGUUAUUAAUUUUCUUACAGAAAUGUUGACCCACAAGUGCGAACUCCUUCCCACUUGUUAUGAAAAUAGGAAAAUGAGACAAAAAGCCAAUAAAUACGACAUGUAUGACUAAAAAGCGUCGGUAGUCUUAAAGGGGCUGUGUCAUUAUGACUGACUGUGGUUUAAAUCUUUAAACACUAAUAUCGAAACUGAGAUUCUCAUUUACCCUCCCUAUACUUUUAAUAGAAGAAGUGGGGAAAAUUUGUUGCAAUAUUAAUGAGAUUUAUCUUCCCUGAUCAUGUACUUAAUUCUCAUGACCAAUCUGUUUUCUAAAGCAUUGAUAUUUUAAGGAGAAAUUUCAUGUUGAUCACCCUUAGUGCUUAAAGGGUUGAGAAGGAAUCUACCAGGAAAUUGAGUAAUUUUAAUUUUAAGUGGACAAAAACGUACCAGAAUAAUGUAAAUGAUAUCGCUUUUUUUUUUUUACAUUUUUCAAGGGCCAUAGAUGUAAUUAAGUAUCUGUAACAACACCAAAGAUAACUUCUUAUGAGAGCCCUAGAAAAUAAAUGUAAUAAAUGUCUAAAUUCGCAAAAUGACAUCUUACACAUGAAAUUAUUUUCAGAAUUUUACCUGUGUUUUUACAAUUCUUGUGAAAUUUGACAUUGAUUUUCUCGGUCUUCUAUGAAAUAGUCUUUGUUGUUAUUACAGAUAACUAAUUAUAUUUAUAGCCCUUGAAAAAUUGUUUAAUUUAUUCUGGGACAAGGUUUUUGUCCACUGAAAAUUGAAAUUACUCAAUUUCCUGAUGGAUUCUGUCUUAAAGUCAAUUCUUUGCUUUAGUCUCUACGUAGUGCCUUUGUACAUACACAAAAUGCUCUGGUAGUUAUGAAAAAGAGAAAUAAAAGUUUAAGCGGUGCACUGACCAUAAUAAAUGUUUUGAUGAUAUUUGCAAGCAUAUCAUUAAUGGCCAAACUUUUCCAAGUUUCAAUCCAUAUCCAUCCUUGCCCGUAAAGGAAACAGCUUCAACGCAAAAAUAUUCUUUUCAGAAUAACAACUGAAACUGGACCAUUAUUUUCGAAAUUCAGUUGAUGAAGACAAAUUCUAGCUUUUUAAUUAGCUCGACAUAUCCCCUUCAAUAAAAGCAAACUUGAAAAACCUUCAAGGUUUUUGGCUCCAAAAACCGUUGCUGUUUUGAUCAUUUAUAGACGUUAUCAAGUAAAAUUCAAACUAAAGUUAAAUUUCUAUUGAAUAGUUUGAGCUUAUCUCGACAAUUAUAUUGUGCUGGUAAAAAUAGUAACAAAAAAGUAGCAACUAAAACAGCCAGAAUGAGGUCUGAUUUUUCUUCUGGCUCUGAAAGUUCUAUUGCCCAUUUCGCCUUUGAGUUAUUAGUUACUUUUCAUUAAAGGCAAACCACGAAGACUCCUCGUUUAUAGCUUCGGAAUUCGUAAUUUACAUUGGGCAUGUAUGUUAACCUUUUAAGUCCAAAAGUGACUAAAUUCAUUUUUCGCACUAGUCAGCAAGGCCACUUUUUGCGGAAAACUAAUGAAUACAAAACCCUAUUAUUGAUCGAAAAGCACAUGAAGUUUAAAAGUCCAAAAAAGCAAUAUCGCCUUUGAUUUCUAAUCAACUCCAAGUUAUCCAUUCGUAUAAAUUCAUUUAUCCAUUUAUACGGUUAUUUGUUAUUGAAAAGCAAGCUGAAAAAUCCCUCAGUAAAUGUGGAGAUCUGUUUGUACGAAUCCAGUACCUUGAAGGGUUGUUCUAUAUAUAACCAGGCUCAAGAAUUAAGUUGCCACGUCAGUAACUUUUUCGUCUUUGAAAUUAAUCCGCUUUAUGAGUAAUUUCUUAGAUAAAGAUUUGAGUCAUCGUUAAAUAUUUAUCAUCAAAAAUAACCAUUAAAAAUGCUUGGCUAAACUACGAAUGAUUAAUCAAAGUCGCCCAGUUCCUCGAAAGAAGGUUAAUUUUGUCAUAGGAUUAUGCCAAAUUAUUUUCAGCAAGGUUUGUUUCUAGCAGCAUAAAUCCGAGCUUACACUGAAAUGCUAUCGAGCCUUUACUCUAAAAUACUGAAAUGAUAACAAAAAAUGUCGCUCUAAGCAAUACAUAAGGGUCAAGGUAGAUAAAAAAGGAAACAUAAUUUGAACCCUGGAUUAGCACUAAUUGGCGCGCCCUUCAAUUCGGGGAACCGGACCCUGUACUGAGUCACGACAGAAGUUUGCUUCCAAUAAAGUUGUUUGCGAAAAGACAACCCUUCGGAUAAAUGACCCGCGUCACAUUCUGUACGUGUUUUAAUUAAUCUAUUAAACACUCUCGCUUGUAUUAAAUGAAAUUUUUAAUGAAAAGAAAAGAGGGCAACGUGCGGACAGCGACUCAUUGGGUUCACAGUUCUCGCCGAUUCUUUAGCUUUCUAUUUUUGUUUGCAAAAGAUUCUGCUUUGCUUGCGCUUAGUAAGAGCUUUUUUCUGACUUAGAAGACUGGCAUCGAUCUCGCAGUUUCCUGACCGUCGUUGCUCUCCACCAUCCGCAAGAUGAAUUUCCAUUUUUGCUUUCACGUUAUUGUUUUUAUGCGCUGGAUGCUCAUGUAAAGUACCCGAGACUACUAAAGAACAGGAAACUACUCUGCAGCCAGAAAAUCCUGUCAAACGCAUUCAGCUUAACAUAGAACUGAACCCACGGAGCAUUCCAUGGAAGCUACUCUACAUGUCAGCAAUCCCUGCCAAACGCAUUCUGCACAAUAGAGAACCCCCGGAGCAUUCCAUGCCGGAAACUACUCUGCAGCCAGCAAAUCCCGCCAAACGCAUUCAGCUUCUAGAUUGGUUGAAGAGUGGGAUUCACAAGAGCGAAAAAAAUUGUCCUCAACGCGUAUCAUUGUGUUCAACUAGUCAAACAUGCUGUCGCAUUUUUAAUGUGUUUUUUUUUUCUCUGACAUAUAUGUCGUGAACAGAAAAACUAAAAGUUGUCAAGACCAUUUUUCCAUCUCGUAAAAGUAGACAUUCCUUUCCCCCUCUAGUCUCCCCUCGUUUUUUUUCUUCGUGAAUUAUUCUCCGGCACUCUAUCAUCUGAACGCCUGGAACAGGCUGUAAAUUUACCCGUGAGAGUGGUGAGAGAGCUUUUUGUCUACAAAUGUAAAUUAAGUCUUGUGUAACUUUAUUUAGCUGACAUGCCCAUAAAUAAGCUUAAAACUAAAUUUAAUAGUUUUUUUUACAGAGUGGUUUCAAAUACAAGAAGAGAUAAACAAAUGCCUUCAAAAGUUUUAUUUUUCGGCAGGUAAUAAACGCAACCGCCGUUCAGUCAUUUGCGCGCCAAAAUUAUUGUAAUCGUUGGCAGCAAUAAAGAUUUCAAAAAUUAUCAUAUUUUUGCUCAGUUGUCUCACUGUUUUAUUAUAUACUAAAACGACUAUUCACCUUAGUCAAUAUUUACCUCCGCGACGCGGCCAGGGAUUUUUUUAUCCAGCACAAGCCAAUGAUCGACAAUAACAAUGAGGUGAAUAACUGCGUUCAAUUCACCUCCCCUUUGGGGGAUAGUUGUAUAGUAUAAUAUAUUAUUUUCUUAAAGAAUAGUGACCCUCCCGUUUCAACUUCCUCUCUCCGUUUACUUAUCCCGUGUCCUUGAAAGAGUGAUUUUGUCUAAACGCAGCCCUCCUCUCACAUUCUACCCGAUUUUAUCACACACAGAGUCACACGUACACCUUAUUGGCCUGAUGGAUGAUUUCGUGCAAAAAUUUGCGUUGUCAUUGCCACCCGAUAGCUACCUUGAAGAAAAGUUAUUAACCCCUGCCUCUUUCUGGGUAAUUAACUUGACAUCUCUUCCGAGAAAUGCUCAAAAAUAGCAGUUUUCUGUCCUAUUAAGCUCUCUCACCUGUAAGUGUUUACUUGUAGGUUCAAGUUAUUCAGAGCGUCCCAGCCCUGUUUCUCAUAGAGUGAAAUAACUUAUUCGUAGCAUUAGAAAUUCAGUUUGUAGAGCAUGCGCGAAUUUAAAAAAGCGUUCAUUCAUAGUUAUAUGACUCUGCAACUGUCAGAUGUCAUUAAAAACUGAGUCAUUGGAUAAUGCUGAUUCUAAAGCUUUGACUGGCUUAGCCAUCAUGGUAUAUGAGCCAUUAGUAAAAUCCAACUAAUGGUCUAUUGUCAAUGCUGCGUUCUGAUUGGUUGAGCUACUACUAGGCUAUAUGUUAUAGCCCACUAGUACCGAAAAGCGCCGGCUUUGAAAACCAAAACAAUGGGAGCUGAAUCAUGUUUUGCUAGGUAAAGUUGUUUUGUCUCGAUAUUUUUGACCAACUAUUGGAUUUUACUAAAACAAUUAUUCCUGAGUCAAUUACCUUAUAAGGCCGAAUUAGAGCCCAUUGAGGCUUGAGGAAUAAUUAUUGUUAAUUAGAUUUUAGUCUUUUUACUGUAAGCUCUUUAGUUAAAACCUUCCUAAACUCUUGUAGUUCAUUUAACUUGAGCAGAUCAAAUCGCUUUCUAUUUUGUUCCAUAAAACCAUACUCCUGAUGCUGAGUGCUUAUCAUACAUGUCCGGUUCAACAACUUGUUCACUAACAUUCAAUGAUGAUCCCCGUGUGAGAUGACCGAAAGACCUCUCACAAUGUGUUGCCAAAUCAACCGAGGCGACAAAAAAUGAGUCCAACCCCCCAAACCACAAUUGAAGCAGUUUAUUUCAAUGCAAAAUUUAUAGCCUAAAGAUUUCAGGCUGCAAGCUGCCGUUCCCACCCACCCACAAUACCAUUUAUCCAUCUACUACUUGCAAAUUAAAGUGGCGGUGUCAUGUCUGUCUAGUUAAUAUUGCCAAUUAAUGGGCUGUGGAACUUGACGUUAACGAAAAGUAUUCUUCUCAAGCAUUAUACCACACGUUACUAACAGCUAAAAUGAAUUUUGAAAAACUGUUAGGCUAAAACAAGAUUGUCCAUUCGCGCCUCUUUUGGUAGUUGCUGUGUUGCCAAUACCUACUCAGUUAAAUGAUUUAAGCGAUAGUUUUCCUGUUUUGCUCAAUUUGGUGUCAGUCCCUGCAGUUAGAAUGUUUUUAAAAUUCGUGACACAGCUCCGUUUACUUAAUAUACAUUCAACUCUCUCUAAGACGGACACCUUUGGGACCGGCACUAAGUGUCCGUCUUAUAGAGGUGUCCGUCUCAUAGAGAGUCAAAUAAAGGGAGUAAAGAAAGGUAGGGACCAACUCUAAGUGCCCGUUUUACAGAGGUGUCCGUCUUAUAGAGAGUCAAAUAAGGGGAGUAAAGAAAAGCAGGGACCAACUCUAGGUGUCCGUUUUACAUUGGUGUCCGUCUUAUAGAGGUGUCCGUUAAGAGAGAGUCUGACUGUAUUCUAACAUAGCACUCAAAAGCAGAAUCUUGUCCCAUAUUUCGUUUUCCUCCUUUAUAAGGUAUACGGGCUAGCCAAAACUAAGACCUUUAGUUACCAAUCCCAGCGCAAAGUGAUGGUAUUGGUCCACGCAGAGAUUUCCAAAACAUUUUUGCUUCAGUGUCAUAAAAGAAAAGACAGCCCUUUGGUCUUAAUCCUUUAGUGCAUGAUUAAUGUAUGUUACACAGAUAACGUUAAAAAUGUCUCACUAUUAAAAAAUUUCAGGAUAUUCCAAAAUGACGAGGCAGCAUUGAUCACGUACCAUUUGACCCGCGCUUAAUUUAGAGGGCCAAAUUCUAAGUGGCAGCAGUAUCGGAUUAACUGAAUCUCCUGCUUUUUAUCCGUUUCCGAUUAACUCUUCAAAAUAAAUACUGAGAGUAAUCGUUUUUAAUUACAUUAAAACGCUUACAAUCAGCUCCCUCGGAGAGCCACACAAAUGUCCGUCCGCUUUUCAAGACUAACCACAUCAAACCGCAAAACAAACCGACAAAUUGUUCGUUCAAGCUUUAACGUUAGUAUCAUAUUUUUAUUUUAUUUUUUUUUUCAGAUCCUUUACUGUAACCCUUGGCUCGAUGAGCCGGAUAUUUCUUGCUACGUAAUAUCUCUUCAGUUCAAGUUGUCAAACCCAGCCAAUCGAAAUAUAGGUGCUUAG